GUCUUCGCACCAGCAGGAGGAGAAGCAGGGACUGCGGUGGUAAACAAACAGGUAUAGAAGCGGCCCCGCACAGCGGAGCUCUUCUGUCGCCAACGGUUGACUUUCAGGGAAUUUGACCUCCUUCACGGACCGCGGAGGAAUUCAAACCGGUUCUAAAAUCCCCCCGAACUCCGACUGCCGAGACUCCAAGGUUCGCCCUCCCCACCUCCCUGCCCUGUGAGUCGGCUUAUGUGACACAUUAGCGUCCCGGGGGGCGAGACGAGCGAAACAUGACUGAGCUGAGGAAGCGAGGCGGCGGCCGCGGAGGAGGAGACCCGGACACCGCCGAGAAUAUCAGCGACAAGGAGGCGGAGAGCGAAGACAGGCUUGGCCUGCAAGGCGAUGCGGAGGGAGAAUGUGACGCCGACACCAAAACUGACACUCCAGAUGUUCCUGUCUCCACAGCAGAUACUGACAACACUCCAGAAUGUCUGAACAAAGCUCUGGAGGGGCUUCCACCCAGAUGGAAGAACUACUGGAUACGAGGACUUUUGUCCAUCUGUAUGAUUUCAGGUUUUUUCCUCAUCAUCUAUAUGGGACCCAUCACUCUUAUCUUUGUGGUCAUGUGUGUUCAAAUCAAGUGUUUCCAUGAAAUCAUCACCAUCGGCUACAGAGUUUACCAUUCCUAUGAGCUGCCUUGGUUCAGGACUCUGAGCUGGUACUUCCUGAUUUGUGUCAACUACUUCUUCUAUGGUGAAACGGUUGCAGAUUAUUUUGGAGCUUUGGUGCGGAGGGAGGAACCUCUGCAGUUCCUGGCUCGUUAUCACCGCUUCAUUUCUUUCACUUUGUAUCUCGCAGGUUUCUGCAUGUUUGUGCUGAGUUUAGUGAAGAAACAUUACCGCCUGCAGUUUUACAUGUUUGCUUGGACCCAUGUGACCCUGUUGAUUGUGGUAACUCAGUCCCACCUUGUCAUUCAGAACCUGUUUGAAGGAAUGAUCUGGUUCAUUGUUCCUAUUUCCAUUGUGAUCUGCAAUGACAUCAUGGCCUAUCUGUUUGGAUUCUUCUUUGGGAGAACUCCUCUCAUCAAGCUCUCACCCAAGAAGACGUGGGAGGGCUUCAUCGGGGGUUACUUCGGCACGGUUGUCUUUGGCUUCAUGCUGUCCUACCUCCUGUCGCAGUUCCAGUACUUUGUGUGUCCCGUGGAGUUCAACAGUGAGACCAACAGGUUCACGGUCGUAUGCGAGCCGUCUGAUCUGUUUGUGAUGCAGGAGUACACCCUCCCCGCUGUGCUGCAGAACACGCUGAGAUGGAAAACGGUGAACCUGUACCCCUUCCAGAUCCACAGUAUCUUCCUGUCGUCCUUCGCCUCCCUCAUCGGGCCCUUUGGAGGCUUCUUUGCCAGCGGCUUCAAGCGAGCCUUUAAAAUCAAAGACUUUGCCAGCACCAUCCCAGGCCACGGAGGCAUCAUGGACCGCUUUGACUGUCAGUAUCUGAUGGCCACUUUCACUCACGUCUAUCUCGCCAGCUUCGUCAGAGGUCCGAACCCCAGCAAAGUGCUUCAGCAGCUCCUGAUGCUUCAGCCUGAGCAGCAGCUCAACAUUUUCAACACCCUGCACUCCCACCUGCAGGAGAGAGGCCUGCUGCCCUCAGCUGCUGUCCAGGCUGAGUAACAAACGCCUUCAGCCGCGUUUCUGAUAGUUAGUAUGAGCACGAGCGCGCUGUGUGUUAUCCCUACAUCCAUCAGCAACCUUCUAGCUCUGCACCCGAGGAAACUCUGUGGAACAAACAAGCAAAAACAAACAAAAGGAAACCAGGAAGGCGUCGUCGUUGGUCUGCUUUGGACCGUCUUCAUCUAAAACAUGGAGGAUAUCUCUCUGAGUGAGGGGAACUUUAAAGCACAUUGCUUUUCCAAUGCCGGCGAUAUUUAGAUCUGGACUCUUUGUUCAUGGACGCUAACUUUGCACUGACUUUUAUGACAUAGGAGGCUUCCACCAGCUGCAGUUUGGACACAGGCUGCUGAGAAGCAGCAGGACUGUUGAACGUUACUUUACAGCCUGGUUCAUUGUCUCCGCUCUAGGUAACGGUUUCACACGCCAUAUCGACACAUGUAGCAUGAAAUGCAAGUCCCGCCUUAGGCUCCUGCUGGAUCAGCGGGUUCAGUCUCCAUUUCCUUAGAUUGAUAGCUUUUAGGAUUCUGAACAAACUGAGUCGCACAAACGGAUGUCUGCAGGCAUGCCGACGCAGAGCGUAGAACAUCAACUGCACACUUGACACUUGAAGUAAUGUAUUGUACAGAAAUAUACUUAAAUAUUUAGCUGAACAAAUACCUAAUAUAUACAUAUAUAUAUUUACUUAGAGAUAUGCUGUGGGAAAACUAAAAAAAACAAACAAUUUAAGCUGUGAGAAAUGAUAUGCAACUAAAGAGAUUAUUUCCUUUUAGCAUCAACAAACUUUAUCUUUAAUAGGCAGCGAUGUAGAUUUAAGCAAACGUUAUUUAGAGAGGGUGAUGUGGAUAAAGCUUUACUUAAACAAAAAAAAGGAUUGUAUAAAUGAAGAGUCGUGUUUCUUUCUGUCCUACGGUGGGAUGAGGAGAUCAGCGCUGCUCUCAUGUCUGCUUCUUAGCAGGGAGCUUUAAUCUAGUGGCACAAAAUAGAUAAGCUGAAUCCCAUUAAAGUUUAAGUCUUUAUACAAACACCUGCAAAGCUCACACACCAACACUGUUCACUUUUUUUUUCCUAUUUAUUUCUACAGUUAAAUUGAAUUAGUUUAGAUGCAUUAAAACAAUAAAGUCGCAUUAGAAACUGUAAACCAGCUAUAGGGAUUAUGAGCCGGUGCUGUAAUAACACCAUUACUGUGAUUCUGGUGGAUUAUGGUGCAGGUUUAAGGGAAAACUAAAUUAUUUUCAUUCAAUCUUUUUUUUUUUUUUAUAAGCUCUUCUUCCCAAUAGUUAGUUAAAAGGUUCAUCAAGAAUGCGUACAGGCAAAAAAUGUAGGAAACAAGAAUGGUAGGUUAAUUAGUUAAUAGAAAAUCCAAUCUGUAAAAGAAAUUCAAUAUACAUAAAAUUCAUGUUUGAUCAUUCAUUCAAUGAUUUAACGAUUUCUGGGCUGAAGUGAAACCUGCAGAGCAGCUCAGAUUCAUCGUUUUUAUAUAACAUGGGAUUUUAUGGAGGGAACAAAAAGCAUUUCUUCUAAACAUGAUUAUUAAAUUUAAACAGAAACAUAGAUGUAUGAGCCAUUACCCGAGAGAUAAACCCAUAAUGUAGCUGGACGUCACAUUAUCAUGCCGCGCUGGUAAAAUUGUAAAAAAACUAUGAUCAUUUUUUUUUCUUUUAAUAAGAUAUCUGUUUUAUUGACAAGUUUAAUCAAGAAUAUGUUAUUAAAUUAUCUUGUUUGUUUCCCCA